UCAUUUCCUUGAUACCAGUGUCUGCUGUGAGGAAUAAAGGCAAAGUGACCCAAGGGCAGUUCCCAGUCACAUGGAAUGCUACAGCCGUUGAAGGAGGAACGGUUAAUUUAACCUGUCGAGUGGAUCAAAAUGAUAACACUUCCCUCCAGUGGUCAAAUCCCGCUCAGCAAACCCUAUACUUUGACGACAAAAAAGCUUUAAGGGACAACAGAAUUGAACUCAUCCGAGCUUCCUGGCAUGAAUUGAGUAUCAGCGUUAGUGACAUCUCUUUGUCAGAUGAAGGCCUAUAUACAUGUUCCUUAUUUACAAUGCCUGUCAAAACAUCCAAGGCUUACUUAACAGUUCUGGGUGUCCCUGAAAAGCCACACAUCAGUGGAUUUACAUCACCAGUUAUGGAAGGGGAAAUAAUUCAGUUGACUUGCAAAACAUCUGGUAGUAAACCAGCUGCUGAUAUACGAUGGUUUAAAGGAGACCAAGAAAUGACAGGUAUGCAGAAAUUACAAGAAAAAGAUAGUAAUGGAAAGACAUUCACAGUUAUCAGUUAUCUGGAUAUCCGAGGGGAUCGUAAAGAUGAUGGAGCAAUUGUCCGUUGUAGAGUUGACCAUGAAUCUCUAAACUCUACACCACAUAUAGCAAAGCAGCUAUUAGAAAUUCACUAUACACCUAGCGUCAAGAUCAUGCCCUCCAUUCCUCUUCCACAAGAAGGACAGCGACUGGUUUUGACGUGUGAAUCUAAAGGAAAGCCACUACCAGAGCCAGUAUUAUGGACCAAGGAUGGGGGAGAGCUUCCAGAUCCCGAAAGAAUGGUAGUGAACGGAAGAGAAUUAACAAUAACCUUUUUAAACAAAACAGAUAAUGGAACAUAUCGAUGUGAAGCAACCAACUCCAUUGGUAAAAACAGUGCAGAGUACAUCUUGAUAAUAAACGAUGCCCCUACCACUUUAAUUCCAACCACAAUCAUCCCCCUUUCCACCACUGCAACAGUCACAACCUCUGUUUCCAUACCAACCCGUUCAACCACAUCCGCUUCCGGCAUCAAAGAUCCAAAUGCUUAUCCUGGUCCUGCGGCCCCAGACCACGCUCUAAUAGGAGGAAUUGUAGCUGUAGUUGUAUUUGUCACAUUAUGUUCAAUUAUCUUGCUUGGACGAUACUUGGCAAGACAUAAAGGCACAUACUUAACAAACGAAGCAAAAGGCGCUGAAGAUGCCCCAGAUGCAGACACAGCCAUUAUCAAUGCAGAAGGCAGCCAAGUCAACGCAGAAGAGAAGAAGGAAUAUUUCAUUUAAAUGCAAACCCGGGUGACGACGCAUUUCACUUAUCAGGCUGACUGCUGGAAAAAACUGGCUAUCACUUUUCAGAAUUCAUUCCCCCGCCAUCUUCCGCUCCAUUUUAUUAACUUCUGCUAUCAAUAGCCAGCUUAGGCCAACAAUCAGCUGUUGACGGCAUCAUAAAUUAAUUGCAUUUCAUAAUGCGGGACUUUUCUUACUGCUAAAAAAAAAUAUAAAACAAGAAAAAAAUGUCCAUCACUCUGUUAUAAUUCAGUCAUACAGUGCUUGAAUAUACAGCCUUAACAGUUUCUUUUCCACUUUUUAUUUUUCAGAACAUAUUUUAUUUUUUAUGUUUACUCAAUGAAAGACUUCCAGGCUGCCCUUUUCUAUAUAUUCUCCAGCACACAUACAUAAACACACAGACAUGUAUAUUUAGUCCAUGUUAUUGUACUAUAAUGCUCUGAGUCUAUGACCUACCCAUAGAUAACUAUUAUUUUGGUAGGAUUUUGAGUAACAACUCCCCAUGUGGAUGUCUGAGGUAUUACGUACAAAAAAAUUGCAAUAAUUUGGACUACACUCAUUUAUGCAUGUAUACCGUAUGGUGUGUGUGUUAAGCCAUCCAUCAACACUAAUUUGGUACAGACUUGAUUAGAAUUCAAUACCACAAGGACAGUAGUUUCUAUGCUUGGUAAAGGGUCUGUUUUUGGAUUAUGUACCACAAAACCAACAGAAAUGCAUAAACACAACAGAUAGUGGUACUAAUUCCAGAGGUAUGCUUUAUCAUAACAGUAGUAGUUCUUAAUCUAUCAGUAUCACCAAGGCAGAGCCAUACAUUGCAUUCUUUACACAGUCUUUAUCUAAUAUAGGCUUGAGAAGCGAAUUAGAUUAUUAAAAUUAAGCCCAGGUUUUAUUAAAAUAGUACUUCCACAUAGUUUUUAUUAGUCUAUAAGAUUAUGAUUUAGGAUGUUUAACACUGUUUAUUUUCCUUACUGAAAUGUGUUUAUUUAAUGUUACAAUCUUAUCCAUAUUUAUUGUUACUGUAUGGAUGCUAUUUUUUUUUAGGAAAAAAUGUAAGAUUAUCUGUGCAUUUCAGUAUCUUGUAUAUAGUACAUAUAUUAAAUCAAGUUGAACAUUAUUUGAUACAUAUUUAACUUUUUUGGAUGUAAGCGAGUCACAAGUACCCAUUUUCUAACGGUCCUCCCCUCUUGGAUAUGAAACUAAACCAGUAUUAUGUGUAUGAUGUAUUUGAAUUUCUGUCUGUAUGUCCUAGCACUGUUCCAAACUUUUCUAGAUCAUUCUAAUUUUUAUCUGUCACACAACGGAAGCACAAUGACAAAGGGAAGAUAUUUUAAUCUUGCAACCAGUGUCGAGCCUCAGGUUUUCAAGUUUAACCAUAGCUGAGUAAAACUCUGAAAAUAUUACUUCAUUGCUUAGUUUUCUUUUUCUUUUACAGUUUAGGAAAAAAAAUGUAAAAAUAUUGUUUUGAUCGUUUUUUUUUUCCUUUACAUUUUUUUUGUCUGAUCUUAUUUUCUGUUGUAUUGAUUUGCCAAAAAUCAAGAAAAAAUAGAUAAAAACAUUGCAGCAAACAGUACAUAGUAUAAAUGGACUAAUUCUAUUAAAUUCCUGUCUAUGCAUAUUGUUAGGUAUAACAUGUCAUAUUUUGAACACGCUUUAACUGCACAGCGAAAGCUUCAGUGUCAAUUGCCCUCAAGAUGAAAUACAUUUCUAAAACUAUUUGUGAAGUUUUAUGAUCAGAAAUCCACCCAGCUGAUCAUGGACUCAAGAAGUCUGUUGGCUUGAUUUUUCUUCUUUUUUUUUCUUUGACUUACAACAAAAAUUGUUAGAUUGCACUUUCGGUAUUUUUUCCCAAAGCUGGAAAAAAAAAGAAUCACUCUGAAUUACAUUUUGUCUCAAUCAUCCAGACAUUGGACAUAUGAAUCGGGUAUUGUUAACAAGGUAGUUAGACAUGUUAGGAGCAAGAACAUUGACAGCUUAUGAUGCAAAAAUGACAUCUCUUUUUUUUAGAGCAUGGAGUCAGGAACAUAAGACACUUUAAAAAAGUUGUCUUAGAAUAUGUAUAUAGGAAACAAAUUUUGUUUUUGUUUUUUAAGUUUGCUCAUUCCCAAGAGGAUUUAAAACUUGGCAGAGGUUCCCAACCUUUUUAGUGAGACAUUCGAAGAAGUGUCUGUAAACCCUAUGAAUCAUGAAUAAAAGCAUAACACAAAUGACCUUUUCCCAAUAAUACGUAUACACAAUUGAAUUGCUCUAAAUUUAGCACUGACAUCUGUGAUUUAAUAAUUAUUUUUCUCUAAUUGCUGAACGCAGAAAGCACUUUCUUAUCAUCUUUAUGUAAAAUGCAACCUGCAUAAUCACAAACUGCUUUUAUUUCAGACAGAUAUUUGGAAAUCUAAAAGAAAAUGUUGUUAGAAAAAAUACUAAGAAAUAAACAUUUAGAACAAGUCAACUGAUUUAUAGAGCAGUACAACGUGUUGGUUAAAGAGAGAACAACACAAGUACUUCCCUUUUAGACAAGGGGGAAUUGCUCCUCUGACACAUUCACUUGUGUGUGUAAAUUUCAGCUUCAGCGAUUGGCCUCUGUAAAUUGAAUAUUUAAUCAAAGGAGCUAAUAAGACCCAGGAAAACAAGUCAAAAGAAGCCAGGAGCUCCAUGUGCUGGCUGAAUUGAAAAUGUAUAAUACCCAUAUACACAUUUUAAAUUUACUCAACUAAAACAUGUAGUCCUUCCUGACCUUAAAGAAGAACUGUAAUGUGUACAAAACUAUACAUUCCCUAUACUAUACCCAUAUGCAAAACGAAAGAGUUAAUAAUAUGGUUUACAGUAAAUGAUAAUAAUAUGGUCAAUAGAGAAGUGGUACAUAUCACUACAUCUUUCUUCUCAGAUCUCCAGCCUUACAGCUUUAUGCACCAUCAUAUUAGAUUGUGCCUCACAUCUUUAGUCAAAAGGCCCAUACAGAGAAAUAGGUAUGUAUGCGUCUCUCUGGUCCAGAUCCUAUAGUGCUGUCUGAAAACAGUAAGAUUGUCUAAUGAGCAUAUCAAGUGGUUUAGAAAACCACAUACAGUAAUGCCAAUGCAGAGAGUUCCAGUACUGGAGUUUACCACCUACCAUGUCCAGUGCAAUGGGAAAAAAUGGUCAACAAGGUCAUAUAUACAUAUAUUACCUGCUGUGAGAAAUUAAAAGAAGAGAGGGCAAACAUUUUCACCUGUGUCUCACAAACUGGUUGGGAAUCACUGCUAUACAAUUUCACCCUUUCUUCUUAGGAUAUACCAAGUAUAUAUAUAAACAUCACAUGAUUGAGUGUGAUCAUAUAAAAUCAUAUAUGACAUUACAUUUCAAUGAAGUAUGUCUUUCUUGAUGUGGCUGCAUGCUUGUUUUACGAUACACACCAUAACAUAUGUGGAAAAAAUGCAAUAAUAUGUUUAAAUAUAGUAAAUAUGAUAGUAAAACCAACAGGAGUCCUGUAGCUGCUAGAACAAUGUCAAGAACUGUACAGGUUUUCAAAACUCAACAAAUAAAUUGUACACUCCCAAUCUAGUUAGGAGACACAAUAAGAGGAAAGGUCACACAAUUUGAUCACUGAAAACAAGAGCUGCAGACUAAAUUCUGUUGCAGGUAUAUUGUCACAUUUUUGUAAUCUCUGUAGUGUAUUUUUCUGUUCUGUACUGUUUGUGCUAUAAUAACUGGGUCUCUUUGCUGCAACUAUAUCUGACUUAACCCUUCUGAUGACUGUGUUGAACAUGGUGGCUUAUUUUUAAAGCAUGGUGUAAAAGGGACAAAUGCAUUUUAUCUCAUAGUCAGGGUUGUUUUAGUCAAAGAACCAAAAAAGGAGUUGGGAGAGAAGAUCUCUAGACCUCAGUAAUAGAAUCUAGAUAGCAGAACCUCUAAAAUGCAUUGUAUUUUAACCUCCUAGGUGGUACACCUCCUCCUUGUUCAUGAUAAGGUCACAUGGCAAUGCAACCUUUGAUGCCUUAAUGGAUUUUUUUUAAGAGUGCUCAGUUACGGAGAACUUAGUUUAAGAAACAAGGUCACCAAAUGUUAUAUCUCCUGAGGAUUCUACAUGUGGACCCUCCCCUACUAUGUUGCAUUCUAUAAUAAUAGUAAGAAUAUAAAUGAAAAUUGUGUAACAAAAGGAAGAACCUCUCAGAUGGGCAUGGAAACUGAGAUGACCACUCACAUGUGGAUAUCCCACUGCUACAGUUCCCAAGAGAUUUAAAAAAAAUCAGUGAGUGAAUAAACCCAAUAAGAUCUAACUGUCAAAUGUUUUUUUAUAGAUAACAUUUGAAUUACAAUAUAUAAUCAGUUUGGUUUGCAUUUACCAACUUCCAAGUCAAAUCUUUAAAGGCAUGCAAAACUGGGGCCAGACCAGAGAGAUGAGUUAGUGGAUCCCAUAUGAAUCAGGGAUGAAGAAAAUUCACCCAUGCCCUAACAUAUACUGUAGUAAUUUCCUUCAGCUCAAAAUAACAAAAAAAUAUUUGUCCUGCAGAAACAUCAACCAACCUCCAGAUAUCUGCCAUUAGCUCAUUAUUGUGUUAAAGUGAUUCUAACCAUACCUUUAUACAAGUCCAAUUUUAGUGGUGAAUCCUGUUACCUGCUAUGGGUCAUAGUGCAUUUGUGACAUUUUCACAACAUCAAUUAAUAAGCCAUCAGUUAGUAUGAAUGGUGUGACUUUAGCUGUCUGUAACUGUCUUUACUGGGAUGAGGAUAUAAUCUAAAAUUUUGUGGUGUGGGCAUAUUCUUCAGGGCUAGAGUAAAAAAUCUAAAAUUUAAGUUAGGAAAAUGUUAUGCUACCAAACAAAAAGAAGAUUACUGUGAAAUUGAUAUCCCUAAAGGAGAAAGCAUCUGUAUGUUUUAUGGGGAGCAAAUCUUUAUAAUAGACAUCAUAAAGUCUAAUAUCAUAUUAUUACUAGUACAUUUAUUAACAAUUAGUGAUAGAAAACAAUGGUGAAUAUGUUAUACGAAUGCAGAGUAGACAUUUCACUAUAGACAGGGUUACAAGCCUUCAUGUUUUUUUUGCUGAAGUUCAGAAGAAAUCUUUAGAAAUGCUAUGAAAAGCAAGAACAACAAUGAACAAAAAAAAUACUAUAUUUCAAAAUGUAAUUAGUAAUACAAAUAAUAUUUACCUUCAUUAGUAAUGGUGUUAUGUCUAAUAUCCAGAGUGUUAUUAUACUGAUGGUAUUAUAUUACCCCCCCCCCCCCCAGCACCUAAAAUGCUGAACUGUUAUAUUGCCCAUACACUAGGCAAUUCAUGCACUGUGGUAUAUUCAUCCCUUUCAGCAAGCUGACUACAAAAAUUAUCAUCCAGAUCACAAAGCAAGCAUACUUUCGAUUAACUCACUAAUUCAAUAGACAAUUGCUAAAGUUUAAAGCUCAACAGAACUACAAUAUAUAGGCAGUGAGACAGAUAAUGUACAAACAAACUCAUUUUUUAUAGACAUAUUUUCACUUUCCUGUUACAGUGGCUACGAAGGGUGUCUAAACAUACGCUGCAUUCAAAGGGUAACAAAGCAAGACCCAACACUCUCAGUUAGUGAAAGACUUGAUCAGAUACACCCUCUCUCUUCCUCUGCAAUACAAUCUGUGAGGGGCGUGGCUUUUACUCUUCCAGCACAGGUCAUUGCAGAGUGAGGACUUGAUGCAGAAUUUUCACUUAGAGAAAAUUAUAUUUUCAGACAUAUUCUAGUAAAAAACAGUUACAAAUCAUAACAUGCAAGGCUACCAAUAGAUACAUAAAUUGUGAUGCUUUUAUUGAGCAUUAAGAACACCUGGACAAAUACUGCGUUGUUGAUGCAUUAGCACAGUGUUAUCAGACAUAUACAUGCACAUUUUAUACUUUUUUUGUAUUUAUUUCAUAAAGUAAUUUUUUUCAGUAAUAAAAAUAUAAAUGUAGAUGUCAAAUAUUUAGUGAAUGCAAGAUGUCCUAAGGAUAUUUCUGAGCUGGAAGCGUUCUGCAAGGAAAAGCAAGAAAAAGUUCCUUAAGCAAAAAAAGUGUUAGCAGGCUACAAGAAGCAAUUGUAGGCUGUUUUUGCCAAAAGUUUGUUAAUAGCUAACAGAGGGCUUAAACUACUUAACAUGUAACAUUUUAAGUUAACGUGAUACUAAAAAUGAUCCUUAUUCUCCAAAAGUAAUUUAUACACAUCCACUAUUUAAAGGCCUGGUAAAUUAAUUUUUCAUGAAAAUGUUAUUCUACCUCCUGAUAUCAUUAUCUGUGAGCUUGUGAAACUCUCUUUUUCCUCUUGUGUUUAUUUGUUUAGAAUGAGCAGUGCACAUUUUUUGCACACUAUAAAUUCCAUAUUCCAUAGUUCCUAGUCAAUUUCAGGAGUGAGCAAGAGGGGGUGGCUACAUUUGUACAUACAGUAGUACCACAGCGUUACAUACAGUGGUACCUUGCAACAGGAAGACGGAUCACAGCAGCAAUGAAAAAGGGUAUUUGGAUGGGAGCAAUCGUAGACAUUUUUGAGUUAGUAUUAAACAUAAUUGAAUGUUUUUUUUUUUUUUUUUAAACAGAGUUUAGUGUCACUUAAAUUUUAAUGUAGUUUGUUACAUUCAGAAAAUGAACUGUAAUUAUGCACUGAAAUAAGUAUUAAUAUGUUUUUACUUAGAAAAACAACAAAACAUAAAUUGACCAGGGAUGCCUAAAUUUUUUAACAUAAAUGAAAAAUGAUUGUUUAACAAACCAGGUUCACAAGAUCUAAACCUAUAACUAGUUGUACCUGCAACCCCCUCCCACCCCUUAUACUAUGCCACUGUUACUGUAUGUGUUACAUUAUUGGGCUUUUUAUAUAGUACACCUGCCAUUAAAAUAAUAUUUUAGGCUGGCACAGAGAUUAGAAUCUUAAGAAGAUGUCUUGUGAUAUCUUCUUGAUGGUCCCAAAAGCCCUGAAUAACAUUGUACUCUAAUAUGCAGAUGUCAAGAUUUCCUAGCCAUGUAAAAAAAAAAACUAUUUUCUCUUUCCUACCUCCCUCACCAUCCUAUUGGACAUUUACUAGGACUGAUAGUUAUGUUUUAAGGUCUCUUAGGACCAUCUGUACAAAAAUAUACAGUAGGAGCAUAUGCAUAUAUACAGUAUUUAGAUUGAAAUUAGGAACUCCUAUUCUAAUUGAAUACUUAUGUUAGUUAAAUAGUAACAGUUAUUAAAAAUAACAAUAACCAGUUAAAAUCUUCAGUAAAAAAAAUUGUAAGGCUUGGCAUUCCUACCCUCAUUAUCCAGAGAAACCGUAUGUAAGAGCUGCAAAUUGCAUGUUUCUCUUUUCUAUAAUGGGGAAGCAAUAUCUCUGUCUGUAAUACUGUGUGCUCUAUUUCUGUAGCAUCUAUACAUGGUAAGCGUAAAUGCAUAAAAAUGUAUAUAAGGGACUUAUGAUGUCAUUUAAAGGUUUGCAGUGAAGAGCUGUGUUUCCCAAAUAUGAAAAUCUAGUUCUGUAAACUUUUUCAGCUGCAUGUUUGUAGAAUAUGUGAACCGAUAAGCACCAUCUUGAUUCUAGAUAGAAUAUUCCAUAUUUAUUCAUUGUUUGCGUUAUAUAUUAUUUUAUUGUCAUGUUUGUCAUCACCAUUUAGUAAAAUGAACUAAAUAAAAUACAUUACCAAGAGAAACAUAGCAUUAUAGAACUACAACAUUAGUAAGACAUACAUUUUGUUCAACUGUUAAGUAACUCAUCUUUCAUUAACGGACGAUAAUGUGCAUUUGCUUAAUGUUCCCCAAUAAAGGACAGGGAUUACUUAAUAGCAUAACACAAAGAGAAAUGGUGUACUGAAGCUACAGCAAAAAAAGAGACUGGCUUUAACAGUUUUGGCCAACUACUAAAAGCUGGCUUCAUAUUAGAUUCCAUGAGCUAUUUUACAUCAUGGUUCUUUGCACUAUGUUAUUGAAGUUAUAUUUUAUCCCCUUUUAAAUGAAAACAAAAAUAUAUAUAUAUAUAUGUAAGUUCCUUUUGCAGAGCCUCUUACCUCACCCUGGUCCACUAUGAGAUAUAAUGAACUCAGCCCAGAGGUUAUUUGGGGCCUUCCAAUAUAUGCUUUCUAGCCAAUACCCGUGGGAUGUACUUCCAGUUUGUGACACCAUGAAAGCAGCGGGGGAGCAAGGUUUUAAUAAUCCACCUGUCAACAAUAGGUGUAGAGUUCUGAGACCAUCAUCCAAAAUGAGCUACGGUGAAGUAGGGUACCCUGCAUUUACAUAUAUUCUGCUCAUGGGGGAUUAUCAAUUUAAAAUGAUGAAUGAAGCACCAAAUGAUUUUACAAACUGAUGGUGAAAUUCACAUAGAUAGCUGAUAUAAACGAUAGGAUGAAAUGUGAAAACAAUUAUUUUUAUGGCCAGUUUCAUGGUCUGUGGGUGAUAGGCAAUGACCAGAACAGCACAGAUGUUCCAAGGUCAACAGAAAUUGUCCAUGACUUUGGAAGUUAUUUUGGAAUGUUGGCCGCGUUGCAAAAAUCAUCAGUUACUAAUAACACAAUGGCUAUAGUAACCAUUUUUUAGAGUCAUUCACCUCAGAAUUUACUCCCGUUAAAACAUGACAUGGACAACUGGCUUUAAAAAGUCAUUCUAGAAAGCCAGCCACUUUGCAAUCUUCAUCAGUUAAAAAGACACAAUAGUGGCUUUAACAAUUGGCAGCCAGUUUGUAGUGUAAACCAUCUUGCAAAAACUUUGCAAGUUCACACAUUAAAAAUCUUGAUGGCUCUAUAUUUAGAGGUGUAAAAAAAAUAGUAAAUACCGCAAAUCACGGGGAACUAGCAUGCAUUCAGUAUAUCCAAACCUAGUACUUGUGAAAAUAGAUGGUCUUACUGUAGCAUAUUUCUGCAAUUGUACAGUUUACAGUGUCUAUUAAUCAUUGUAAUCACAAAUAUACUAUAUAUAUGUAUCUAUAUUUUUUCUUUUGAUGGGCUGAAAUGUUUAUAUUUAAAAUGUUGCCACUAAUACUGCUUCCGAUAAAUCUGUUUACCUGUCAGCGUCGCAUCAAGAAACUGGUUUAUGGAAUGUGAUGAGGAGUUUACUCACAUGAAAAAAGUGGUAGAUGUCACAUAUUUCAAAACUUUUUACAGUUAAAGAGGGUUUCUUCUACACAGUAAAAAUGGAGCUCUGUUGUAAAUUACUCUCUCUUGUAACAUGCAGCAGUCCUGCUCUCCCACUGACCCCCCAUAACCAAAAGCAGGAUACUUGCUGCCGGUGCUUUAUUUGCCAGACAAAAGAAGUCUAUUCAAUUAGGCAAUAGUGACCAAUAUGGGCACUAAUAACUGUUUGAGGAAUAAUGCUCAAAUGUGAUUGGUUGCUAUAUGCCAACUUUUGGGUGGAUCAUUACUGUUUUUUUCUAUGCCUUAGUAAAAAAGCCCACCUUCUCAUACAGUGACCAGAGAAGGGCCUUAGGUCUGAGUGGGUAACCUGCAAUCCAGUUUUCAUUUGUGGUGGCACUGGAGAGCCAGUCUAAGAUUUCACUUCUGAAUGUGGAAGAAUAGGAGGGGCAAUGGCAAAUGGGACCACUUCAUGUUACUAUAAUAAGGGGUCUCCAGAAAGCUUCUAUUUUACUAAAAAAAGCGGAAACCCUCUUUAAUUCUUGCACCAAGAGUGCAUUUUCAGUUAAUACCUAAAGCAAAAAUGAAUAUAGCAACUUUUUUUCUAAGAAAUGAAAUUUAACACCUCAUGUAUUUUCAUUUUACUGUUGAAAUAAACAAAACCUCUGAAUGAAAAGGUUCAUGUGUGUUAUGAUGUGAUUCACAAAUGUGAGAGGGUUAAGUUUACUGUGCACACGUGCGAAAGCACGCAAUGUAGUUACAUGUUCUUCCAUGUAACAUAGCAAAUCGUAGUGUAACUUAGUGCCACUUAUCUGUUACCAAAAUGAAAAUAUCUGUACAUAUGCUUCUUUUUCCCUGUUAAAGGUGAGAUGAGCAUCUCUCAUGUGGGACAUUUCUAUUUCUUCAAUAAAAACCUAAUGAAGUA